AACCAUGUUCCAGAGUACAAACUAAACAACAGGAGGACAACAACAGUGAUGCCGGAUGGAAAUCAUGCAGAGUAUUCUUCUGAUUAUGGCAAUGAUUGGCCAAGGUCAGUCAUGGGACAGCCUCGGAGACAGCUUCAUCACAAUAUUCCCAGAGAACAUAGCCUUUUACCAUCCACUUAGUCCAGUGAAUGCUCUCAACAUCACUGCUGUCCUUCCCAACACUGUGGUCAAAGUCUUCAUCUCAGAGCAGUUGACAUACAAAAUCAAACCGCCAGAAGGAAGGCCCGUAACUGUGACCUUGCCAGCGGAUAUUGAGGAAUACCAAUUUGGUGCAACUUCUCAAACUGUCAGAAUCAGCAGCACGAAGAAAAUUGUGGUGCAAUCAAUCAGCAAGAAAGAAGACAGUGUGCAAACUAAUGUCAUUCAGCCUCUCAAAAAUCUUGGUACAGUUUAUACCAUCCCCUUGCUGAAUUACAGCCAGAUGAUCAAUACUUUUUAUCAAUCAGCAAGAGAUGUCAGCAAGAGAUACAGCUCCUUCAGGCUGGUUAUUGUCAACGGAGAAGAUUUUAUUAAUAAUGUCAUAAUUGUAAAAAGGUCUAUAGAAAAUAAUUACAUACUCGAUCCGUUCACCGCUCUCCAACUUCAAGUUGACGGGACAGAAACUGAGAUUUAUUCUGAUUAUGGAGUGGCGGUGAUGCUGACCCAUCCAUGUGUAGAGACGGAGGAAUGCAAAUGCAACAUGGUGCUGAACCAACUUCAUCCUGAUGCUCAGUGGGAUAGCAGAUUUGUUGUACCCUCAAUACUCAACACCGGCAACGUUUGGCUACAUGUGACGUCCUCAGUGGAAAUCAGUGCCAGUGGCGGGGAUCUAGAAUCAAAUACGGUGGAUGCCUAUUCAUCAAAACUCCUGUCCCUUCCAUCUCUGCAGUUAGGAUCCCAGUUCAUCCACACAUCGAAUCCUGCUUCCCUCAGGCUUGUCAGUCCAGGCAUCAUCAUUGAACCAAUCUCACAAUCUAAGUUCUCAGCGUGCUACCUAGUGCCUGUCAGCUCGACAGAUGCCAAGGCCUUAAUCAUAGCAGAAACAAACUACAGGGAUAGUGUGUAUAUAGAUAAUGAUUUGCUUUUAUCUACUGAAUGGAGCACCGUCGCCAAUUCAGUGUACUCAUCGGUGUUAGUGUCUCUUGAUAACAUACACAUCAUUUGGCAUCCAUCCACAAAGAUCGGCGUGUACGUGUUUGAGAAGAGCACACAUGUGUAUGGAGGCCCGGCUAUAUCUUUAAGCGCAAAGCCAGACCCUUUAGGCUGUGGAUUUGUUACUGCAAAGUUUGACAUCAUCGUCACACCUCAGACCUGGCCUGAAUCCCAUCAGUACUGUAUGCUCAUAAGUGACGAGUUAUUCAGUCCCAGCAAUGAAGCGGACCAAGCGGAGAUGGCUCACAUUCUGAAUAAUAAAGGUAUGAAUGAGAGGCUCUGGAUUGGUGUGCGUCGCAGUCUGAUGACAUUAGAUUGGUACCAGCAGAAAGGUGAAAGCUCAAACAGCUUGCCAUACACUCAAUGGGGAACCAGAGAGCCAGGUGAUGCUGUGAUGGGCAUGUGUGCUUCAGUAUUCCCAAACCCAAGCAUGGAUUUCCUUUGGGAAACUACGCCCUGCUGUACUAAGUUGAAGUCUAUCUGCUACACAAGAGCUAAGUACUUUACCAUCUCAAAUGAUUCUAAUGGUUCAAAAGAAUCAAAAGAUGCAUAAUAAAAACUGGCCAGGGAAAACAAGUUGCCAGAAGGUAAAAAAAAACUGGAUUUU